AUGAAGAGCGCCCCACGGAUGCCGAGCCAGGACCCAAGCCAUACCCAUGCCGAGGGCCCCGUGCGGAUGACGCUCCCGUGGCGAGUGAGGAACACAUUCGUCGAGGUGGGCGGCGGCGACGGCGAGGCCUGGCCGGACCGCCUGCCCGGCCGGACCGCGCGCAGCUGCCCCGCCAGGGCCCAGAGGAGCAGCAGCUUGGCGGAGCCCGCGGGCAAGGCGCGCGAAGGCGGCGCCCCGCGCGGCGGCGUCCUCGCCGCCCCUGCCGUCGCCGUGGCCGCCGCAGCAGGUGACCGCGCCGCGGCCUCCGCAGCGGCCGCCCGACCGGAGGCGGAGGAGGCGGGGGCUGGCCAGGAGGCCGCCGGGGCCGGCGGUGCCUGCCGCAAGCAGCGGGAAGAAGGGCGCUGCGGGGCCUUCGAGGAGGUCGGCCACGGCCGCAGGACCUGCCAGCCUCCCCGGGGGGUCCUGACGAUCGGGGGCCAGCUCAAGCUGCUGCAGCGGGAGCAGAGCCAGUGUGUGUUCGUCGCCCGGCGGCUCAACACGCUGGGUUUCGCGUCGGACGCGCUGCUGACCGCACACUUCUCGGCGUUCGGGCAGGUCAGGAGGGUGCUGGUCGCGCACUCGCAGGUGAAGCGGUCUCGCGGCGACAGCGGCGAGCCCGCCGCGCGUGUGCGGCCAGGGAGCAUCGGGUUCGUCGUGAUGGUGGAUGCCGGCGCCGUCGCGCGCAUCCUGCAGGCGGGAAGCCAGCAGGUGGUGGCCGGGAAGCGCAUCGCCGUGGAGCCGUUCCAGCACGCGCCGCCCGAGGGAAGCUGCGGCUGCGCAGCCGACGAGGCGCUUCGUGAGCCCAUGAGCCUCGAGCAGAUCUGCGGCAGCGCAGUCCAGGGAUGCCCCCGCCCCGCGCCGAUCCUCGGCUGCAGCCAGUGGAGUGUGGCCUCGUCCGAGGCCCGCCGGGCCUACGGUGGAGAAUGA